AUGGCAAAUCAGGAAUGGGGGUACACCGUUGAAAAUGGUCCAGCAACAUGGGUGGAAAAAUUCCCUGAAGCCAGAGGUGCUCGUCAAAGUCCCGUGGACAUCGACACAACCCGGGCCAGUAGCGGCGGCAGUGCGCCUCCCUUGAAGUGGCGCUACUCCGUCAACCACCCCCGUUCAGUUGUCAAUCCCGGCUACUGUUGGCGUGUUGAUGAAAACGGUUAUGAUUCGGAACUCCGAGGUGGUCCUCUAGGCUCAGAUGUGUACAAGCUGCAGCAGUGGCACUGUCACUGGGGGGCUGUGAAUGGCGAAGGCUCGGAGCACACGGUUGACGGCCGCUCUUUCUCUGGUGAACUGCAUCUCGUCCACUGGAAUACUUCCAAAUAUAACAGUUUCAAUGAAGCCGCAGGACAGACAGACGGGCUGGCCGUACUUGGAGUAUUACUAAUGGUGGGUUCCAAACACAACGAGCUCGAUAAGGUGGUUCGGCUGCUGCCAUACAUUCAGCAUAAGGGCGACAAAGUGACAUUCUCAGAACCUCUGAACCCCGCUAAUUUGUUGCCGAAACGCUACGCCUACUGGACUUAUCCCGGCUCCCUCACUACGCCACCUUGCACUGAAUCUGUUACGUGGAUACUCUUCAAAGAACCUGUACAAGUUUCUGCUGAACAAUUGGCCUUAAUGAGAAAACUAAGAUGCGGUGAGGCUUCUUGUGGAGAAGAGGCCAUGGAACUGCUUCACAACUAUCGCCCCACGCUGCCUCUUGGGAACCGAGAGUUACGCGACUACGGUGGCAAC